AUGAGUAGCAGAAAAGUACAGUGCCGUUUUUGCACACAAGAUUUGGAGAAGGAAUAUUUAGAACAACAUUUAAAGCUAAAUCAUCUAACUCAUCCCGAUUUUCAAAUUACUUGCGGGGUAAAUAACUGUCAAAAAGUAUACAAAAAUUUAAGUUCCCUUCGAUCACAUAGAAGCAGACAACAUUACAAUCAACGUAGAGCUGAGACCAAUGAUGAAGAGGACGAUAUUGAUAGCAACUCAGAAUCUGUUACCAAUGAUGAAGAGGAAAAUAUUGAUAACAACUCAGAAUCUAUUACCCACGAGGAAAACGCAGCAGAUCAUUUGGACAUAGAUGAUUUAGAUUAUGAUGAUAAUGGAGAAGAUACUGAUUACGAUAGCGAUGAUUACGAUGAAAUUCUUGAUUCUGAUGACGACAGUGAUGAAGAAGAUGGCCAAGAUCAUGCUAAUAAUGAAGAAGAAACAGAAAAUCUGCAAAAAAUUACUCUUGGAUUAAUGUUUCUAAGUAUGAGAGCACAAACUCAAGUAACAAACGAUAUUGUAUUAAACGUUAUAAAAAGCUUGGACGCAGUGGUGAAACGAUACGUGGAACUUAUUGAUAUUAAUCGGGAGGUCGCAAAGAUUGAUACAGUCCACGGUUUGAAUACGAUUUACAAACAAGAUGCUUACUUUGCAGAACAGUUUGAUGUUGUUCAACCGACGAUUCAGCACCUCUCCUCGGAGUUUCAAAUCGCUGGACAUGGCCCCAGUGGAAAUCCAAAUGUUAAGCUGAAAGACGAUGAAUUCAUUUACAUACCGAUCCGAGAUGUGCUUUCUAAACGUCUUUCUAACGACAAAUUUCGUGAACUAUUAGAGCAAAAUUCUGAAGAUAAGGAAGGAAUAUUCAGAUCAUUUAAGGAUGGCUCACGGUACAAACAGCAUCCAAUGUUUUCUUCCAAUCCAAAGGCUGUACAAAUAAAACUAUAUUACGACGAAGUUGAGUUUUGUGAUGGACUAGGCUCAAGAGCUGGCGGGAAACAGAAACUGGGAUUCGUCUACUCUCAGUAUGGAAAUCUUCCACCUAUGCAUCAAGCAACUUGGUCUUACAUUGAUUUAGUUGCAGUUAUAAAAUAUUCCCAUGUGAAGGAAUUUGGUCUUUCUCCUCUUUCUGAAAUUAUUGUUAAAGAUAUUAAAGAAAUUGAAAACGGAAUCCGAUUACCUAACGGAGACAUAAUUUAUGGAACUGUUUCCGCUCUGACAGGCGACAACUUGGGGAUACAUAUGAUGUGUGGAUUUAAAGAAUCUUUUACGGCUAAACAUCCAUGUCGAUUUUGUAUGGCUUCCUUACAGGAAAUGCAGAUAAUGAUAGAAGAGGAUACUCAACGUUUACGAAAUCCAGAAACACAUCGUCAGCAAUUGGCAAAAAUGGAAGCUGCGGCAACAGAGGAAGAAAAACAAAAAUUGUCUCAAGAGUAUGGUAUAAAUAGAUCUUGCCCUUUAAGUAAAAUAAUUGCAUUCGAUCCUACGACAUCGACAACACCUGAUAUUCCUCACGAUUUUAUGGGAGGCAUAAUACUGUUACAAAUUAAAUUAUUUCUCAAUCGCUUUUGUAUUAAGGGAAAUUGGAUAAACCUUGAUGAAUUUAAUGGAAGAGUGGCAUCUUUCGACUAUGGAUACAGUGAAAAAAGUUGUAAACCUUCUCCAAUAAAACCGCAGCAUUUGAAACCAAAAAAUAAAAUUAAACAAACAAUGACACAAGCAUGGAUGUUAGCUAUCAUUUUGCCAUUCAUUGUCUACGAUCGUAUCAAUGAUGAAAAUGCUGAAUACCUCGAAAACCAUUUACAAUUAUUGGAAAUUAUGUCAAUCGUCUGCUCUCAUACAAUUUCACUAGGGUCACUGAGUUUAUUAGAAUCAUUGAUUCCUGCAUACCUUGAAACCUUCGCAAGAAUUUAUAAAAAUGAUGAUUCAACUUCAGGAAGAAAAUUUAUCCCGAAGCAACAUUUUCUUUUGCAUUACCCAAGACUCAUUGCGAUGUUCGGCCCUUUAGUUCACUUCUGGACGUUACGGUUUGAGGGAAAGCAUCAAUAUUUUAAAAAAAUCGUCCAAGCUAUGCGGAAUUGGAAAAAUCUUCCUCUGACUUUGGCUAAAAAACACCAGUUAUGGCAGGCGUUGCAAUGGACUCUUUUUCAGGAAGAUCAAAUUUCUAUAGGGCUAAAAAAAAUGGUUACAACAUCAAAAUUUCCUUUUAGUCACCUUUUCCCAGAAGAAGAUGAUUUGUUGAUCGUCAGUUGGGUGGAAAUUCAUCAUGUUAAAUAUACAGCAAACAAAUGUUUUAUUCCAGUGGGCUACGAAAACGGAUUGCCAUUGUUUGCUGAAUUAUUUAAAAUUGUUUUGAAGAAUGAAAGUCCUAUUUUUGUUUGCAAGAAAGUGCAAACAGUACAGCACGAUUCACAGCUCAUGGCAUACGAAAUAAAAAAAUCAGAUGAAUUCAUUCUUCACACACCAGAUUCUCUAGUUGCUCACAAUGUUCUACACUGUCACAAACUGCAAGAAAAAAAUUAUAUAAUAUUGAAACAGUUGUGGUUCGACUUGUAUUGA